AUGGUGCUCGCCAUGCUCGGAACUUAUCUGGCCUCGUUCGGUGAGGGUCUGUGCAUGGGAUUUCCGAACUCCUCCAAGAACUUGUGGGGGAAAGUCUUCCCGAAUCUGAGUGGAACGUGGUUUCAUCUACUGCUGCCCAUCGGAGGAAUCAUCGGCUCCCUGACCAACGCUGUCUGUAACAAGAGUAUCGGACGAAACAAGACAAUCAUGGUGGGGGCUUUCGAGGCCUUGAUCGCCAUGAUCCUCCUCCUUAUGGCAAAGCAGUUCGAGUCGCUUUGGGCAUUAUACCUCGGCGUUGUCUUCAUGGGCGCCGCGUGCGGAAUCGUCAGUCACACGGCCCCAACGUAUUUACACGAAGUGAGUCAUUACAAAACUCGAGGCAAAAUCGUGUCCGGUCAUCCAGCAGCUGUCGCCGUGGGACUAUCUCUGAGUCUUCUGAUCGGAUCCAACGUCCAUCUCCACGUUCUGACGUGUCUCAGCGUGCUUCCUUUCGUCUUCAGCUCUCUCGUGCUCGCCUUGUCGCCCGCCAGCCCCUUGUGGCUCGCCGAGAAGAAUCGCCCUAAAGAAGCGAUCCAGUUCGCGCUGACGAAGUUGCAUGGACCCUCAGAUUUCGCAGAUCGACAACUUCAACUUCUCACUUCCCGAAGAGCGAUGAUAUUCUCGAACAGCGUCAAAACGCGGAGCGUACAUGUACCCAUGGCCAUCAGCAUGGGGUUGAUGGUUUUGCAGCAACUGUCCGGUGUCAGCGGAGUUGUCGCGAUACUCUACCAGUAUGAGCUUUCGGGACGCAUCAUAAUCGCGUUCUGUGUAACGCAUACAGCCAUGUCGAUUGUCGCCGUUUUCCUGCAUGACGUGGUCGGGCGGAAAACUUUGCUCUACGUCUCAUCGAGCAUCGAAUUCCUGGGUCUGAUUAUACUCGGAGCGACUUGGGGUUCCGUUAAGCUAGGCUUUCUCGGCGCGGAGAGAUUCUCCGCAGGAUUGAUUACGGGCCUGUCUGUUUUCAUAGGCGGAUUUUCGAUCGGAUACGGUCCUGUGCCCUGGAUCAUGAUGAACGAGUUGAGUCCGUCGAAAGCCAAAACCUUCACGACUACUGCAUCUACAACGACGAGCUGGAUCUUCGACACUAUCGUCACCGAAACUUUCUCACUUUUGCUCAAGGCGGCCGGCGGACCGGUCACUUUCUUUGUUUUUUCGAUUUUCGUAGUCGUCAGUUUCGUCUUCGUAUAUUUGUUCGUCCCGGAGACCUCGGGCUUGACCAUCGAACAACUGGAGAAGAGAUUCCGGGAUCUUUACGAAAAAUUAUUCGUGAGCCCGAGCGAUUCGAGGGACGUGGUCAUCAAUGAAGUCGGGAACGACACCGAGUCGCACUCGUCUCAUGGAUCGAACCCUUGAGCGGAGCAAAGCCGCCAAAAUCGAUCGGAGGCGAAUAGUCGGCACGAACUUCGGCGUGAGACCGUACCAAUAUCCGGCUCUGUAGACGGUAGCCAUCGAGUCCAAACAGGGUUCGUUGAAUAUGUGAUUCGCGAUAUGUAUUUCAUCAAAACGUGUGAAUAAAGAAGAUUUUCAC